UAUAUAUAUUGUUCAUUGUUUUCCUCUCGACUUCCAGGUAGCGCAGAUGGGAUAUCUCUCCAACUCACGGAGGGCAUGCUCUUGGUGGUCCUCUCUCAUGCGUGCAACUCUUCUUCUACUCUUGUGUUCUUUUGUGCUCUCGUCUCCCCACUCUCCAGCUAUCACCACCAGCACUGCAGCCUCCUUGGUGGGGAACAACGACAGCAAAAGCGUAAGCGACCACUCAGCUCUCAUUUCAUUCAAGUCCAAUAUGUAUGAUGAUCCGUAUGGGGCUCUGACCUCUUGGGACAACAAGUCGCUUCAUUUCUGCCAGUGGGAAGGCGUCACGUGUGGUAGUCGGCACCCUGAGAGGGUCAUUGCUCUGGACUUACCCUCCCUUGGCCUGGCAGGAACCAUAUCACCAUCCGUAGCCAACCUCACCUUCCUCAGAAGACUGAGUCUCCAAGAGAACAAACUCGACGGAUCCAUCCCUCAAGAGCUCGGCCAUUUGCAUCGACUGCGACUUCUCAACCUAAGCAUGAAUUCUCUGGAAGGACAAGUUCCAUCCAGUCUUGGCAACUGCAAACAUCUGAGUUGGAUUCACUUAGGCGACAACCUCCUCAGCGGACGAGUGCCCCAUGAGUUGGGAUCACUUCCUCAGCUCGUCGGCUUGAUCCUCCAAUCCAAUAAUCUUACGGGAGCCAUGCCAACCUCUUUGGCCAACCUCUCCUCUUUGGACAAGCUCGACUUGUCGAACAACAUGAUUACGGGCGGCAUCCCACCUUGGGUCGCGAACCUGACCUCUAUCACCAGGCUUUUUCUUGGAUUGAACCCUCUGUCCGGAGGCAUUCCAUCUUCAUUAUGCCAUCUGCCCUCCCUUGCUUCGCUCGAUGUAGCUGAAAACCAGUUAUCAGGCAUGAUUCCUCCCUGUCUCUACAAUCUCACAAGCAUCCGUAUGUUGAGUGUGGGGUUCAACAGUCUCGGAGGGAUCAUCCCAUCUGACAUAGGUAGCACUCUUCCCCACCUCAAAUAUCUCGACAUGUACGGCAAUCAAUUCACCGGACUUAUCCCUUCUUCAUUAUCCAAUGCUUCUGGACUGCUUCGCAUACAGCUCCAAGUGAACAAUCUCCAUGGAAAAAUCCCUCAUAACCUUGGAACCUUACAGAACCUGUCGAUCCUGUUACUUUUCAGUAACCAACUAGCAGCCAAGGAGGGCGACGAUUGGAGCUUCCUCACUGCUCUAACCAACUGCAGCAAAUUGAGAUUACUUGCGAUCGCCAACAAUAACCUCUCUGGUGUCCUACCCAAUUCCGUUUCCAACCUCUCCACGGAUAUCCAGGUCCUUGCUUUUUGGCAAAACCAGAUAUCUGGAAGCCUGCCUUCAGAUAUAGGGAAUCUGAAAAACUUGGUAGGACUUGCCCUUGGUUCAAACCUUCUCACAGGUAAUAUCCCUGCAUCUCUUGGAAAUAUUAAUGCACUGCAUGAGCUGGAUAUGUCUGACAACAAUUUCUCUGGCCAAAUUCCACCUUCACUCGGAAACAUUAGUCAGUUGAAUGAACUCUUUCUGCAUGGAAACAUAUUGAAUGGAACCAUUCCAACCCACCUUGGAAACUGCAAGAACUUGCAGUCACUAGAUCUCUCCUACAAUCAGCUUACAGGCCCUAUACCCAAAGAGAUUCUUAGCCUGUUUUCCCUAUCUAAAGCCCUACGCGUAUCAAACAACGCAUUACAUGGGUUCUUACCUUCAGAAAUUGGCAACCUGAUAAAUAUCAAUGACCUCGAUUUUUCCGAGAACAGACUGUAUGGCGAAAUCCCUGACAGCAUCGGCAAAUGCGUGGUCCUCGUAAUCCUUGAUACGAGCGGUAAUUUUUUUGAGGGGGUCAUCCCGAAAUCGCUAGCCAAUCUAAAGGGCCUUCAAUUUCUGGACCUCUCAAGCAACAACCUGUCCGGGCAUGUACCAGAAUAUUUCCAAAUGUUUCGCUCCCUCCAGUUUCUGAAUCUCUCUUUCAACAGCCUUGAAGGCGAGGUUCCACUAGGUGGGGUCUUUGCAAAUAUGAGCGCAUUUUCACUUAUUGGAAAUCGAAAGAUCUGUGGUGGAAUCCAUGAACUGCACCUGCCACCCUGCCCCUCUACCCAACCCCAUGGGAGAAAACACAAAGCUGCUAUCUUGGUGGUGAUCAUCGCAGUUUCUAGUGGAGUUCUAUGUGUGACUCUGAUUCUCUUCUUCGUGUUACUUUACCGGACUCGAAAGACAGGAAUGAGACGUACAUCCAUGGCAGCCAUGAGAACAGAACAUGUUAGAGUCUCUUACGCCGAAUUGGUCAGAGCAACUGAUGGGUUCUCUUCAGCAAAUCUGAUUGGUAUUGGGAGUUUCGGUUCUGUAUAUAAAGGAGUCAUGGAUUUGGGUGAUAUAAAGAUGGUUGCUGUGAAGAUACUGAACCUUCAGCAGCAGGGGGCUUCAAGGAGUUUCAUAGCUGAAUGUGAGGCCUUGAGAAGCAUUCGACACCGGAACCUGGUCAAAAUCAUAACGGCAUGCUCUAGUGUUGAUUUUAGAGGUAAUGAUUUCAAAGCAUUGGUUCUUGAAUUUAUGGAGAAUGGAAGCUUGGAACGAUGGCUGCAUCCAGAAGCGAAUGAGCAAUGCCCGACGAGGAAUUUGAAUUUAGAACAGAGAGUGAGCAUAGCCAUCGACGUGGCUUCUGCAGUGGAUUACCUUCAUCAUCACAGCCCGGUGCCAAUCGUGCAUUGUGAUCUCAAGCCGAGCAACAUUCUUCUAGACGGCGACAUGACUGCCCGUGUGACUGACUUCGGGCUGGCGAAGUUUCUCUCUGAAUCUACCAACUCGUUCUCCAUAUCUGCUAGCUUGGCGGCGAUAAAAGGAUCGGUUGGAUACAUCGCUCCAGAGUACGGUUUGGGAAGCCAAGUAUCGACUCAUGGAGAUGUGUACAGCUAUGGAAUACUUCUCUUGGAGAUGUUUACAGGAAGGAGACCCACUGAUGAACCUUCACUGAGAGCCAAGAUCUUCAUCAAUUUGUUGAGAUGGCUUUUCCUACUCAAAUUAUGAACAUCGUAGAUCCGCAGUUGAUACGAGAGGAAGAGUUUGAAAGUAUCGAUGACAAACAACAAAGGUGCGCUAAACAAGACAGGAUACAAGAGUGCUUAAUUUCAGUGAUCAACAUUGGGCUACAAUGUUCCAGCAAAUUACCCAAAGAACGAUUGCAUACGGGAGAUAUUGUUAAAAAAAUGACUGCAGCGAGGCAGAUACUUGGCAGGGUCUAAAGUCAGAGAGAAUGGCCCACAAAUAUUAGUAAGAUAUUAUGAAGGCUUACGUAAACAUACAUUAUGUAGCUGCUAUUACUUCCCUAAGCCGCUUGUUUUUGUGGUUGCUUCCUGCGCCCAUCCCCUUCGACCUGUCUUCAUUUUUUGGUUUUUGCCUUCUGUCUGCGCCUGCAAUUGUUUGAGGGGGCCCUCUUUGGAUGCUCUACUAUCACAUGGCCAAGGGAUAUCAGGAUGAACUGCUCCAUAAAUUUGAAAUGAGUCUUGUGAUAGUUGCAUACAAGUCAUGUUUUCCUUGACACAUGGGAGAGCUCACUUUCUGCCUCCAUCUUGCUUGCGAUUUGUACAUUUCUACGUCUUAUUUUGAUGCUUCUUAUCUUUUAAUCCUUUCACUAGGUAGAGAAAAAGAAUCGAGUGAGUAUAAAAUGUGUUGUGAUUAAUGGAAAUGUUUAGUGUUAGUUAACGUGAUUACUUCUGUUUAAUCUUUCUCAAUAAUACAAAGCGUGUUAACACUGCACAAAAUCAAUAUAAGUAUAUAUAAAGUAAGACAUAUGCAUAAUUAAAUAUGAGAGACUGAAAGAUGAAAUUAUCACUACCUCAUU